AUGACCGAUGUAGGGCGGUUGGUAUUUAGUGUGCGGACAAGUUUGCCAAACGUCCUCUUCGCUAAUGAGCGUCAUAUCGACUUCUUUCGAGACACCUUGGAGAAGGCUGGUCGCCUGGAGCAGCAACUCCUCGCUUUUGUUGCGGCAGAGGCUUCACGCAUUGUGGACCCUGGCGACCCCAACACCCCACCGACGCAUUUCCAGCACAUGGACGAAGCUUUUCGAUACACGAGCCUUUUACAACUAUACCGCGUCUUCCCAAAGUUGCUUGCGCGACGUUACAGGCCCUGGAACAAAGACGAGAUCCUUCUACCACUAGAGGCUUCAAAAAUCCCCACCAGGCGCGAAAGAAGUGCGUGGUUGACUUCUUUGGCCGCCCACGUCGUCCAGAUCCCGCAAGAGAUUCCUUUCGAGUCUCUUACGGGAUGCAUCCAACCAUUCGUCAUGAUUGCAGUGUCAGGCGAACUCCGGUACAACGAUCAAAUCCCUGGUUCCGGACCGAUACUCGGUGCGUCGAUAGAGACAGCUCGCGCUCGAAGUUUUGUCAAAUCGCGGUUGGCAGCUUACACACACGUCCUUCCUCUUCCCAAGGUUCAGCAGCAUUACCAGCUCGUCAAGGACAUCUGGACUGCCAUCGACAACGGAGAUGAGGAUGUCUACUGGGUGGACGUAGCUUCACAGAAGAAACUCAGUCCUCUGAUGGCGUGA